UCUCCUGCAAAAGCAAUCAAUGGUGCCUAAGUUCCCAUGUGAUGGGCGACAUGUGCCCAAGCUUUCCUACAUCACUACUUCCGACCUUAAGAUAACUCCCCUCGUCAGGUCAACGCGCCUUGGAUGAAUUGAAUCAAGCUUAGCGGCAGUCGCUAGAAUACCUGGGAGUUAUCCUUUACCCUCGAUAGGAAUGACAGAGGCCAACAGUUCGACCGACAAAGACCCAAGUCGCGAUGGCUUCACGUUCACGAAAUGGCUUUUGAUUGAGCCAGGCUUCACGGUUACAUGGAGAGGCGGAGAUGGCUUCGUUCAGUUGACGAGGGACGGUAAGAGAAUUAAGCUUAGUACAGAUGGAAGCGACGACGAAGAGAAAUACACGAUUGCAACAGGAGAGUAUGUGGUUGUGCUAGACCGAUAUUACAAGAAAUCCUAGUUUUAUUCUACGUGGAACAACCUCUUAAACAGAUGCCUCCCAAUCUCGAAACAAAUUCUGAUGUCUAGUUUGUAAUCGCCGUUCUCAGUCGAAGUCACGUUGAGAACAUCUGAUAUCCCCCUUUGCUGUCCCCGCUAUACACAGCUGUCCUCCAUAGCCCUGAAAAGAUAUGAGCCAAACAUAAACUUUAAAUCUUCGAACGAUCCCGUGGUCUUAUCCACAGCUUGUCCUACAGAUGCGCAAACCUAUAAUGACAGCAGGAAAUCUUCCUCUACAGACGGCAGGGUAAGUCGAAUGGCAUCUGUUGCAUCAUUCUUUAAGGUCUCUUGCUUCCGUGUGCGGCUUUGCCUUAACCCUAUGAAGAGAUAGGUACCUAACACUUCCAGGGCGCUUGCUAUAUUGGGCCACCUAGCCUUGUAGUCAGACAGCGUAUUUUCUAUGCCGCGCAAUGCAGGGUUGUGUGUGUCAGCUGAUGUUGUCCUGUUGUGCAGCAGUGUAUUAAAUAUUGACUGGCGCCAUGUCCUAUGUGUUUCUAGCGAAUCUUUUUCUAAAAUGUAGCAGCUACACUCUUUAGGACGAGUGGUCUAUUGGCGCUAUGCUUAUAAGAAAGGAAACUUAGCGUUAUCUUGAAAUCGCACUUACUAACUAGGGCAGUAGCACAGUGCUUUGCAGAACAAGGUAUAAUCCUAAUGAAAGCUACUUUUUGCUCUCUGCUGUUCCUCUAUAGCACGUUGAGCUACUUUUUUGAAGAGGGCAGAGCUUUGACAUAAACUCGGGCGUUUUGUAAUGUUACUAACAGUAACAAACAUCCCUAUAGCAACUAGUUCAUCAAUCGUCAAACCUUUCCAGAAGGCUACUGCGGUUUGCUACUAACCAACGACAUGUUUCUUGCAGUAGUUUUCGC